UGUGUGUCAUUGCCAGAGCUAAUUAAGCAUUUUAACCACCAAUUGCUUCCAAUGGCUAUCUGGCAAAGCCCCAUUUCCUUCACUACCUAGCAAGCGAACCAUAUCUCACCAAAUCAAUACAACCUAGCCAGCCCAUAAACCCUAAACAAAAACCUAUUUACGUACCAUUCCUACAAUUAGCAGUAUCAACCAAACCUGAUCAGUUAGCUGCUUAGUUAAUCUUCGCUUAAUUAGCUGCCUCUCAUUAGCCUCCUCAAGUGUUCUCUUUCCUGAGGUGAAAUGGGCAACGCAGACUACGAGUGCCCACGCCAUGUCGAAAUUCCUCCUUCCAAGCCAUUUUUCAAGGCUCUGAAAUCAUCUCUGAAAGAAACUUUCUUUCCCGAUGACCCUUUCAGGCAAUUUAAGAACCAACCCACACCUAGAAAACUUGUUCUAGGAUUGCAACACUUUGUGCCAAUCCUCGAAUGGGCUCCUCGCUAUACUUUUGACUUCUUCAAAUCUGAUCUCAUUUCUGGAAUCACCAUUGCCAGUCUUGCAGUUCCUCAAGGGAUCAGCUAUGCAAAUUUAGCAAACUUGCCCCCAAUUAUUGGCCUAUAUUCGAGCUUUGUGCCUCCAUUGGUGUAUGCCAUGCUUGGAAGUUCAAAAGAUUUGGCAGUGGGUACUGUGGCGGUUGCAUCCCUUCUCAUAUCUUCCAUGUUGGGGAAGGUUGUUAGCCCUACUGAGAACCCUAAGCUCUACUUUCAGUUGGCUCUCACCUCUACCUUCUUUGCUGGAGCUUUCCAGGCUUCUCUUGGCUUCUUAAGACUUGGGUUUGUCGUGGACUUUCUGUCUCAUGCAACAAUAGUGGGUUUCAUGGGUGGAGCAGCCACUGUUGUAUGUCUCCAGCAGCUUAAAGGGGUACUAGGGUUGAUUCAUUUCACUCAUGAGACAGAUGUUAUAUCUGUCAUGAAAUCUAUCUUUUCUCAAGUGCACAAGUGGAGGUGGGAAACUUCUGUGCUGGGAUGCUGUUUCCUCUGCUUUCUAUUGCUCACAAGAUACUUUAGCAAGAGAAAACCGGCCUUCUUUUGGAUAAACGCAAUGAUGCCACUGUGCUCCGUGAUCUUGGGAAGCCUUCUGGUUUUUCUAACCCAUGCUGAAAAACAUGGCGUUCUAGUAAUUGGACACCUUAAAAAAGGGUUGAACCCGCCAUCCGUGUCUGACUUGGCUUUCGGGUCGCCAUAUCUCUCGACAGCCAUUAAAACUGGGAUCGUCACUGGUGUCAUCGGCCUUGCUGAAGGAGUAGCUGUCGGAAGAAGUUUUGCUGCGUUUAAAAACUACCAUAUUGACGGUAACAAAGAAAUGAUCGCUUUCGGGAUGAUGAACAUUGCAGGCUCUUGCACUUCUUGCUACUUGACCGCCGGACCAUUUUCGCGAACUGCGGUGAACUUCAAUGCAGGAUGCAAAACUGCAGUCUCCAACAUUGUAAUGGCGACUGCAGUGAUGUUCACACUCCUGUUUUUGACGCCAUUGUUCCAUUACACUCCACUUGUGGUGCUCUCCGCCAUUAUAAUGGCUGCCAUGCUUAGCCUCAUCGAUUAUGAAGCCGUCAUCCAUCUCUGGAAAGUAGACAAGGUGGACUGCAUUGUGUGCCUGGGUGCAUACUUUGGCGUUGUCUUUGGCAGUGUUGAGAUUGGCCUAGUCAUUGCGGUUGCAGUUUCACUGCUAAGGGUUCUGCUAUUCGUGGCGAGGCCAAGGACUUUCGCCUUAGGCAACAUUCCAAACUCGUCGAUUUAUAGAAGCAUUGAUCAGUACCCGGCUGCGAACAAUAUUCCAGGAGUUCUUAUUCUUCAAAUUGAUGCACCAAUCUACUUUGCUAAUGCAAACUAUUUAAGGGAAAGGAUCUCAAGAUGGAUAUACGAGGAGGAAGACAAGAUAAAAUCUUCUGGACAAACAAGCUUACACUAUGUUAUACUAGACAUUGGCACGGUUGGAAGCAUUGAUACGAGCGGGAUCACCAUGCUUGAAGAGGUCCAGAAAAAUGUUGAUAGAAAGGGUCUCAAGCUUGUACUAGCAAACCCCCGAAGCGAGGUGAUCAAGAAGCUCGAGAAGUCCAAGUUCAUCGAGAAAAUCGGUCAGGAAUGGAUCUAUCUUACAGUGGCAGAGGCUGUAUCGGCAUGUAACUUCACGCUACACACCUGCAAACCGAAUCCAGGAGAAAUAGACGGAAACAGACACGAUGACAGCGUCUAAUCUACGAUGAUCAAUCAAAUGAAUGAAAGUUUUACGAUAUGUGUGGCAGUGGCUUUAACAAAAGAGAAUCUCUAUAUAUAUCUAACAUGAUUGAUCCCCAACAUGGAGGGAGGAGGGUUUCCUAGCAGAUGGGGACAUAGCUAGGGUGCUUAUAAGUACUAAGCUUAUGUAUUAUUAUUGCUACUAUACACAAAAUUAAGAGAUUAUGAAGAAUACCGAUGAUGCUCAAGGCCAGGCUUCUAUUUUAGUCAAGCCUGAAGGCCUUGUGUGCAGAUCGUUUAAGGGUGUAAUAUUCCAUUAUCAAUGAAGCGUAAUAUUCAGCAUC